AUGUGGCUGCUCUUCGUGUUUCUCUUAGGAACCGUAUCCAUAAUAUCUGCAGCCGAAACAAAGAAACCAAUAUGUGAGGUGAUUGAGGUGGAUCCAGAAAACAAUAGUGACAUGUUGCUUCCUCUUGCUAUUAUUACCGACAUGGAUAGUAAAUCUAAACUAGUUGAUAACUGGUACAGCACCAUCCGCUACGGAGCACUUGCAUUUUCACAGAACAGAACUUCAUCGUUCAUUCACUGGUUGGGUGGAAUCAACAUCACCUCUAACUUCAACUUUAAUCAAAAAUCAAUGGAGAUGAGUGACCUGAAGAUCUUCCGUAAUAGACUUCUUUCGGUUGAUGACAAGCUUGGUGUCGUUUACUGGCUGAGAAAUGGAACUGCAAUUCCUUGGGUUAUCGCAUCUACUGGAAAUGGUUCAUCAAGCACACCGUUUAAAGGAGAAUGGAUGACUAUCAGAAACGGAGAUCUUUAUCUUGGAAGCAGUGGACAUGAGGUUGUAACAGCUAAGGGAGAAUACAUUAGUGAUGAUGAGAUGUAUAUCAGAGUCAUUUCUGGAAAUGGAGCUAUGGUGACUGAAGACUGGACAUCUAGAUUCGUAAAACUUCGUAGAGCUGUAGGAAUUCACUUCCCUGGUUUUAUGAUCCACGAAGCUGUUCACUGGUCAGAUAUUCAUAAGAAAUGGUUCUUCCUUCCGAGAUACGCUUCUAAACUUCCGUUUGAUGCGGCUAAUUUCCAUGAAACUGGUGCCAACAUGCUUCUCAGUACUUCCGAUUGCUUCUGCGACACAAAAGUAGUUUACAUCGGAAAGAACGAAAUUCACAGAGGUUUCAGUGCUUUCCAAUUUAUCCCAGGAACUAACGAUGAGAUCAUUGUUGCUUUGAAGACUUCAGAAGUACCAGCCGAUCCAACAAAACCGUUUGAAAACAAGAUUUUCUCCACUUGGAUCACUAUUUUCAAAAUUGAUGGAACCGUCAUCCUGGAGGAUUUGGCUCUUGAAGAUGGAAUUAAGUAUGAAGGAAUCGAAUUUGCUAAUGUUUUCCAAUGUUUGUAA